AUGGAAACAUUUGAAGCUGUCCUUAAUGUAUUCUCAAAGUGUACUUCAUUUCUUAUGUGCUUCCUGGGUGAUCAAUACGGGAAAUGUAUUCUACCAAAGAAAAUUUCAAUCGAAAAAUUUCAAAUAAUUCAAGCAGCAUUUUCAGAAACAAGCAAUGAAAUUGAGCUUUUUUAUCGGUAUUAUAAACAAUGUGAAGAAAUGGAAUCAAUGGAUUAUAAGCUCUUAGAUGAGCCAAUUAAUUUAGCUGAUCGAAAUAUGCUUACAUCUAUUUUACAACAAGCUGCUAUAUCACAAGAUGAUAACAAUCAGGAACAACAACUGGAAGUACAACAACAAAAUCUUUUCCCAUCUGCUGCAGAACAAAUUACUCAAAUAGCAUUAAUUGAACCAAACAAAGUUUUGUUUUGUCUCCGGAGUACAGCAGCAUUGAAAGAAACUGUUCGCUUAAGUAAAGCAUCAAUAAUUUCACUAAAUAUGGAAUCAGUUGGAAGACAAUGUACGGAUGGGCGAAAUAAUAAUAAUUAUAUUAAAUGGUUUAUACGAGAGGUAACAGAUCAUUUGCAAAAUUUCAUUUCCUCAUUAAGUAUGCCAACAAAACCGUUGAAUGAUGAAUAUUCUGUAGCAAAAGCUGAAAAUGAUGUACAUUUGGCAUUUGCUGAACGACAACAACCAAAGAAAUGGCUAAUCAGGGAGAAUAUCGAUAAGAUGUUUGAUAUUUGGAUCAAUAAAAGCAAAGGAUACUUUCAUAUUUUAGGGGAUGAAAUUUCUGGCAAAACAGCUCUUCUAUGCCAAUUGUAUGGUGUAUUAAUUAACAAAGGUCGUUGUGUUAUCAUUAGGUUUAUUAAUUUAACAUCUGCAUCAGAAUAUGCGCAUGAAUUAUGGCAUGGAAUAUGCAUGACAUUAUGUACUCUAACAGGUCAAGAUACCGAACCAUUGAUAAGAUCAUUUCAUUUAUCAUCAACACUUGCAAUAUUCAAAUCAUUGUUGGAAAAAUUAAAUCGACCAGUAUUUGUGCUAAUUGAUGAUGCUAAUUUGAUCAAAUAUGGACAAGUGAUGAGUAAUUUAGACCGACAAUUCCGGAAAUGUUUAGCAAAUCUUGUUUUAAUAUGUACAACAAAUCAUCCAAUAACAAUACCAUUUAUGCAUCAUGAACCAAUCCUGUUUGAAUUACCGGAUUUUACAACCGAUGAUAUCAUGGAAUAUGUUAAAUUAAAUAUCGAUGAUAAUACAUUGAAUAAGCAACAAAUAGAUGAAAUCCAGAAAAUUGUUAAAGCCAAUAACAAUAACAUUAUUAUUGCUCAAUUAUUACUCAAACAAAUUACUGAUGGAACUAAUCGUUCACUUGUUGGUGAUAUUGAUGAGCGCUUUUGUCAUAUUGAAAAUGAUAAUGGUGUUUUAUUUGUACAAAUCUUUGCGCAACUUUUAAUUGUUACACCACAUGGGCUUACUACUUUGGAAAUUUUGGAUGCAUUAACGGCAAGUGGUGAAUUGAAUGCUGAAAUUAUCGCGAAUUCAUCAUUAUCAUUACGACUUCAUUCAGUUAUUGAUAAACUGGGAUGCCUUAUUGUUGAAUUUGUAUAUGGAAAUCGUCUUGUUUACAAAUGGAGUCAUUUAUUUAUUAUAAAUAUAGCUCGUCGUCGUUAUUUAACUAAUCAGAGAGAAGUGAUAAAAACUCAUGGAUUAAUUGCGCAUUUAUUUGCUGAUGUUGACAGUACCCAUUCGAUUUGUUCAUUACUACCUUCACCAAAUGAAAUUCCAGCAUUUCCGCGACCAUUGAAACUAGAUGAUGGUACGGUAAACUUACGUAAAGUACGCAAUUUAUGGUAUCAUCUACUCUAUACUGGUAAUAUGGAUGAAUUGAAAGGAUUUGCUCUUUGUCAUUUCGAAUAUGUUGAAGCAUACAUUCGUGCAUGCGGAAUUUUCCAAUUCUUAAGUGUUUAUGAAGAAUGUUGCAUGCAAGUAUUGCAUCAUGAUAUACAGGUGUUAUUUCAACAAGUUAUAUUUCCAUCGUUAAAUACAAUUACACGUGAUCCUAAUCAAUUGGCUGCUGAACUGAUUAAUAGAUUACAAUAUACACGAGCAACAAACAGUCAAUUUUUGAAUGUACUGGUUGAGCAAGCUAUGUUAUGGGUUGACAGAUAUCAUGAUCAACCGUUAUUAGUACCGUUAACAUGUUGGAUACCACCAAAAAAAGUUGAGCGGAUUUUAUCAUUUACACUACCAGAAUGGCGUUCAUCAUAUACAAUUAUGCAACCAACAUAUAAUCAUCAACAUUUACUAAUUGCUGGAAAUGAAUCAACAAUUGGUUUAGAUGAGGCAACACAUGUGUUAAAACCACAUAAAGGUCGAGUGAUUUGCUCAUUGAUAACUUCUGAUUGCAAAUAUGUUAUCACUGGUGGUAGUGAUGCAUGUGCCAAUGUAAUAUCGGUGGAAAAUUGGGAAGUUGUAAAAUCUUUCAAAGAUCAUACAGGAACUGUUGUAUCAUUAGCGCUUGCAUCAAAUGAUGAAUUUUUGGUUACCGGAUCUGGCGAAUUUGUCGUUAUUGUAUGGAAUUUAUCAACCGGUGAAUUAGCUGUUCGAUUACCUGGUCUUAUGGCACCGGUAUCAUGCAUGACAAUGACUAGCAACGAUGCAUUUGUGGUAGUUGCUUGUGAAGAUGAAACAUUAAAAGUAUUCGGAACAGUAUCCGGUCAAAAAUUACAUGAAUUAUCCGGUCAUGAUGGAAAAAUUGUUUCAAUGGUUGCAGCAUAUGAUGAUUGCCAACUUUUCGCUGGAACAUUUGCAAAGAUUUAUGUUUUUGAUAUACAUAGCAGGAAACUUUUGGAUAUCCUGAAUUGUAUCAAUAGACAACCGGUUACAUCACUUAAAAUUACGAGUGAUAAUUACUUCUUACUAUCAGCAUGUGGUAAUCGAAUCAGUAUUUGGAAUAUUCAAAGUCAGCGUCAUGAAAUAAGUGCCAACAAAGAAAAAAAAACUGUAACCGAUGUAUGUAUGUCACCUGAUGAGAAAAGUGCUGCUUGUUCAACAAGUGAUGGUUUUGUGGCAUUAUGGGAUUUAGAAAUAUGUCAUUGUAUUCGUACAAUGAUUCAACAACGAUCCGUACCAGUAUUUCGUGUAAAAUUUUCCAUCAAUUCUAUUUUCUUGCUAAGUGGUGAUGCCGAAGGUCAAAUUAAUAUUUGGAAUUCAAGUAAUGGAAAAUUAAGACGAAUCGUUAAUCAUCAUAGCAAAGCCAUAGAAUCAAUCUUUUGCUUAUCUGAUGGUGAACGAAUAUUAUCAGUUGAUCAGUCUAACACUGUACUGAUAUGGAAUUUAUUCGGUGCUGAUGAAACAUUCCAAGCGGAUCGAAUCCUUGCAUUUACCGGUAUUCAAGCACCAGUUUUCAUGCCACCAAACAAUACCUAUUUAAUUGGAUAUUUUCCAAGCAAUAAAAAAGAAUUGAAGAUAUGGUCAAUUGAGGAUGAAAGUGUUAUAAUGAAAGCGGAAAUUGGUCAUAACGAUGAAAUAACAUGUUUUAAUACCUCAUCAAAAGGUACUUUACUUGUAACCGGUUCAGCUGAUUUAUCCUUAAAACUUUGGCAAACCAAUACUGGCCUCCUUAUGCAGGUACUUGUUGGACAUGAAGAAACAGUAAUGUGUUGUGCUAUCGCAGACAAUGAAAAUAUAAUUAUUAGUGGUGCGAAAGAUUCACAAAUUAUUAUUUGGGCAACAUCAACCGGAAAUUCUCUUCUUUCAUUGAAAACGGAAUCAGCUAUAACAGCAUUAGCUUUUAAUGCUGAUGGAGCUAUUAUUCUUUCAGCAAAUUCAACUGGUUGGAUUGAAGCAUACAGUGUAGAAAAUGGAGUACUACUUUCAAGCAGCAAUUCUCAUAGUAUAACUAAAAAACUUAUAACUUCUAUGGAUUAUAAUCGUAUUCUACUACAACAUACUGAUUCCUCUCAGUUACCAAUUCUUUGUCUUCACAAUAUUUCACCAAAUAAACAUAUUGGAUCAAAUAAAGCAAAAAAAUCAAGUUAUAAGAACGAUGGUAAAAAUUCAUCACAAUCAUCAACAACAAUGGAAACGAAAAAUCGAACAUCAUCACGAACAGCUGAUUACAAUGGUCCUUAUCUCAAAUCACCAAUGCAAACAGUUAGGAAGGAAACAGCACCAUUACAAUCAAAUUUAAAAUCUAGCAAAAAUUUAACACAAAAUUCAACAGUAACUGACCAAUCCACAUCAAAAGCAAAUAGUAAAUCGUCCACUUCAUCCAUCUAUUGUCCAACUAAAUCAAAUUUAUGUACAAUACAAUAG